AUGAAGCGACAGAACAGAGUGAAUAAAACUGGGUAGAGAGAGACGAUGGACAUUAUUAGAGGAGAGCAACUUAGAGAGAGAAAUACAGCACAUAGAGAGAGGGGUGCAAACUCAUUGGAGAAAGAGACGAAUGGAAUUCAUUGAGGAGAUAAAAAACUGAAACUCGUUGGGGAGAGAGAGAGUAAGAAAACUUAAACAAAAAAAUGUUUCAAGUUUGAAAACGGUGAGAGUGGGUUUGGACUGGUCAUGGUCCAAUUUCCAGUGUAAAGCCCCACUGCAAAAUUACAGUACACAGAGACAAUAUGAGGCAUAUUGGCCCUCCUUUUCUACCAUUUUAUUAUUCUGAUUCAUGUUAUCUUCCCUUGUUUUUUUCUGAUUUUUUGAACCCAAAAACCCAGCAACUUCUGACCCCAGGUUCUCUUCCCAAAGCCUGGUUCAGUCCCUGCCCUGACCAUGCCUUGGCCUCUGUAAAAGAAGUAUAGAAAAACCCAUAUCUCUCUCCAAAGAACCAAGCAAAGAAAAACCUCUCUCUCUCUCUCUCUUAUCAAUAUAUAUAGUGAUAUACAUAUAAAUAUGUGCCCUGUCCUUUUGAUAGGUCAUUAGAUUGUAGCUGGACCUCAGUUCUUAAUACAAAUCCAACCCAUGAUAGAUUCCCUGUUUUUUGAGUUUUUACAGAGUGGAAUAUGGUGGCCAUUCCUGGUUUUUUAGGGUUGGACGGCCGCCAUUUUCCUUGCUGAAAAGUUUCUUCUCAUGAGCAGGGAAUGGCUGAAACCCUGCACUUUUCCCCCAAGAAUGGAGUGAAACUUAAUUGUAAAAGAAAACAAACAAUAAGAAGACCUCUGGUAUACUUGCCUAUAUUGGGAAGGAGAAAAGAGUUACCAAACUGAAACUGUCUUGGUGCUUUCUAUUUAUGGGACUUCACCAGUGCUGCACAAAAACCUCUUUCCAUGGAUUGAAGGAUUCCAAAUAUCUCUUUCCAAUAUGAAAGUAUCGAAAAACUAGUUAACAGUAUACACUCUCAUAAAGCUUUUCUUUGUUUAAAUCUCUUUGGAACCACUUUGAAAUGGUAGCUCUGCUUCUUUCAAGUUCUUCUAAGUUCCUCAAAUUAAUCUUCUCUCUAUUAGUCAUUGGCUUCAAACCUUGACUCUCUCUCUCUCUCUCUCUCUCACAGAUCUUUUUCUAUCUAAAUGGAUGCAACAUCAACCCAACUUUCCCUCUCAACUUCUCCAAUCAAUGAUUCAAGAGAUCCCCACAUUGCACCCAAGCCCCUAACCAUCAGAUUAUCGACUUCAGAUAAUCCAAAUAACAAAAUAUCACCUGAAAACUCUCAAUACAAUUCUCCUUCUCUCAUCUCUCCUCCAUCCUCUGCCUUUGUCUCAGCAUUACAAUCUCCAUAUAUAUCACCAAGAGCUUUAGCCUUACCUGAAAAUAAUACCCCAUCUGAUAUACCAAGAUCCCCUGUUUCCGAUGACAUACCAAGCUCUUCAUACACCCCACCAAUAGAAUCUGAUGACCUGACUGAUCAGAUAAUCAAAAUUCCUGUAAUUGGGUCGGAUCCAAAUGCCCCUCGAGUCUCAUUCUCAUUUCCAGUCCCUCGGAUUUCAUUUAGGACCUCGGUUUCUCCCUCUACAAAUACAAAGCUCAGAAGCCAUGAUGUCUAUAUUGGUUAUCAUGGCCAAAACCUAAAUCUCAUUCGGUUUUCUAAGUGGUUGAAAUCAGAGCUUGAGCUUCAUGGGGUAGCUUGUUUUGGGGCUGAUCGAUCCAAGUACUCAGAUUCUCAAAGCCAUGAGACAGCUGAUCGAAUUAUUUGUUCGGCCACAUUUGGGGUGGUGGUUAUUACUGGAGGAGCACUAUUGAAUGCUUUUACAAUUGAGGAGAUCAGGAUUUUCUCUCAAAGGAAGAACUUGGUCCCUGUUCUUUUUGAUAGUGAUUCUAGUGAGAUAGCGGGGUUUCUAGACCGAAAAUCUGGCGAGAAGCUAGAUAGAGAAUGGAAGGAAGCGAUUGAGGGGCUGAUCAGAGCUCAUGAGUUCAAGCUUGAAGCCUGCGAUGGCAAUUGGAGGGCCUGUAUUUCAAGAACAGUUGGGAUCUUAAAGUCCAAGCUUGGAAGGAAGAGUAUUGAAGAAAAGGAGCCAUAUUUGGAGGAGUUUUUUUUCCCUAGAAACAAUGAUUUUGUGGGGAGAGAGAAAGAGUUGCAAGAGAUAGAAGCUGCAUUCUUUGGUAUCACAGGUUUAGCAGAAGAAGACGACCACCCAAAAUCCAGAUUUAGCGGGGGUUCCAGUCGAGUAUCUCUAGAUGAAGAAGCUGAUACUAUGAGAACUAGAGGGAGAUUUAUCAGCUUAGAGAUGAGGAAAUGCAAGGAACCAACUUUAGAAGCAUGGAUAGAACCGGCAAUGGAGCUCACAAACAGGGGUAAAAGCCCACAUCACCAUAGGCAUAAGCACAAGAAAACAAGACAUGGAAACAGGAGUUUGAGCAGAUCAGAACAUGUUUUCUUCCCUUCUAAUAGCACUGUGGCCUGUAUCAGUGGAGCUUCAGGUAUAGGAAAAACUGAGCUUGCUCUUGAAUUUGCUUAUAGAUACUCUCAAAGAUACAAGAUGGUUUUGUGGGUUGGUGGAGAAGCAAGGUAUUUCAGGCAAAGUAUAAUGAAUCUCUCUGUAAAUUUGGGGUUGGAUGUGAGUGCAGAGACACAACACAAUGAGAGAACCAGGAUAACGAGCUUUGAAGACCAAGAAUUUGAGGCAUUCCAGAGGGUGAAGAGAGAGUUAUUCAGAGAUGUGCCUUAUUUGCUCAUAAUUGAUAACCUCGAAUCCGAAAAGGAAUGGUGGGAUGGGAGAGAAUUACACGAACUUAUUCCUAACAAUACAGGUGCAACCCAUGUUAUUAUAACCACCAGGCUCUCUAAGGUUGUGAGCUUCAAACCAAUGCAUCUUUCUCCAUUGCCAAUGGCUGAAGCUCUAGUUUUAAUGGAGGGAAAGAGAAAGAAAGGGUACCCAUCUGAGGAAUUGGACGUUUUGAGAAGAAUGGGAGAUGAAUUGGGGUGGCUCAGUUUUGGGUUAGGACUAAUUGGCGCCCUUCUAUCCGAGCUCUCUCUCUCUCCUACAUCUCUCUUUGAAACGAUCAAGAAGGUCCCCAUAAACUUGAACUACUCUCCCCCCUCUGCAACUUCUACAAUGGAUGAUCAGAUAUUCAAGAAAAACCCAUUUUUGGUGAGAGUAUUGGGGUUUUCUUUUGGUGUUUUAGAGCAGAGUCAAGGGACUAAGAGCCUGGCUUGGAGAAUGGCUUUAGCAGGAGGUUGGUUUGCUCCAAGACCAAUCUCUGCAACACUUUUAGCAGAAGCAGCUAAGAAGGUCUCAUCAGCGAGAAACCCAUUUCAUCAAUGGGAAAAAUGCUUGAACACAAUUCUUUGUUAUUGCUGUAAUUGCUGCUUGGCAUCACAAACCAGAAGAACUGAAACUGAUUCAGCUCUUCUUCUCGUGAGAUUGGGUCUAGCAAGAAGAACCAAGAAAGAACCUGUGUGCCAUAUCGAACUCCAUGAGAUCACACAAUCUUUCUCAAGGAAGAGAGGGCCUUUACCAGCUCCAAAAGCCAUGGUUCAGGGCUUGCUAAAAAUGGGAAAUCUUGCUGAAACUUCUGACCAUUUUUGGGCUGCCUGUUUUUGGGUUUUCGGGUUCAGAUCAGAACCAGUUACAGUUCAGCUAAAACCCAUGGAAUUGGUACGAUUCAUUAAGAGAAUCGUGCUUCCUCUUGCCAUUAGAGCUUUUGCUACUUUCUCAAGGUGUAAUGCUACUCUGGAGCUUCUAAAAACUUGCACAAACCAGCUCGAAGAGGUCGAGAAAUCAUUUGUUUCUCAGAUACAAGACUGGUGCCACGGCUCCUUUUGUUGGAAAAAGAAGAAGACACAAUCGAACCAGAGAGUGGAUGAAUUUGUGUGGCAAGAUGUUACUUUGCUUAAGGCUACAUUGCUCGAGACCAGAUCUAAGCUUUUACUUAGAGGGGGUCAGUUUGAUAAUGGAGAGGAGCUUUGCAGGACUUGUAUCAGUAUUAGGACUGUGAUGUUAGGUCAUCACCAUGCCCAAACCUUGGCUGCACAGGAAACCUUGGCUAAAUUGGUGAGAUUUAGACAUAAAAUAUGAGAUUAUAAAUACUGAGUUUUCUCUAUUUAUGUCUUGUUUUUAGCUUAUUACUACAAAUUGUUACAGUGUAAGAGAAUAGAUGUGAAUUCCCUCUCUUCCACUGUC